UACAGAUAUAAUAACCAACGGCAAAUUUGCGCCUCGUAUUAAUUUCAUUAGACGAGUUCUCACUUGAGUUAUAUAACGAUUAAAAAUAGGUGGAAAAAUCAUCCGGACGUAACUGUUUGCGGACGAUUUCACGUGAAAAUGAAAGUUUUGUGGUUGUCGAUUAUUGGAUUUGUUGGAGUGAAUGAUAGAAAUUUGAAGGGUCAUUGUUCUCCGACUCCAGCCGAAACAAAAAUAAUGGUGUCUACUAGAAGAGCCACUCACGCCGGCAGUUGGUACACCGAGUCAGGAUGUGAAUUGAAUAAGCAGCUGGAAGAUUGGCUCAAUGCUGCUGAUUUGUCUCAUGGACCAGCCAGGGCCAUCAUCGCCCCACACGCUGGAUACAGCUACUGUGGGGGAUGUGCUGGGUUCGCUUAUCGACAGAUUAGUCCUAGUGUUGUGCGUAGAAUAUUUAUUCUGGGUCCCUCCCAUCACGUACGAUUACCAGGCUGUGCUCUAUCAUCUGCCACAACAUAUCGAACGCCUUUGUACGAUCUCACCAUUGAUCAGGAAGUAUGUCGCGAGCUCGAGGAAACUGGAGAAUUCGAGUGGAUGAACAUGAAUACAGAUGAGGAUGAGCACAGCAUCGAGAUGCAGCUGCCAUUUAUCGCUAAAGUCAUGGAGAACCACAAGAAUGCAUUUACCAUAAUUCCAAUUCUCGUUGGAUCCUUAACACCCGAGAAAGAAGCGAUCUACGGAGGUCUGUUGGCCCCUUACAUAGCCGAUCCCCAGAAUUUAUUCGUUAUCUCGUCGGACUUUUGCCACUGGGGCCAUAGAUUUCGAUACACCUACUACGAUCGCUCAAGUGGCCCUAUCUACAGAUCCAUCCAAGCUCUCGAUAAGAUGGGUAUGGACAUUAUAGAGACGUUAAAUCCCUCCGCUUUCACUGAGUAUCUCAAAAAAUAUGGAAAUACCAUCUGUGGACGUCAUCCCAUUGGUGUUCUACUUCAGGCAAUCCAGACUUGCAAGAGCAAUUGCCACGGUCAAAGGAUGAAUCUCAAAUUCUUAAAGUACGCUCAAAGCAGUCAAUGCAAUAACAUGAAUGACAGUUCAGUGAGCUACGCAAGUGCUUCCCUUGUGCUCGAGUGACAGACUUUACAAAAAUGAUCUCUCAAAGCGUAUGCAUUUACAUCAUAAACCAAAAGAAAUUUGAAUGCACUACGAGAUUAUCUCGGCAAAAGGACUUUAGCAAUAUUAUUAAUAAUCAUAUUGAUGAAAAUGAACGAUGACAAUGUUGGAUUGCUACGUAUAAUUAGAUGGUUUUGCUUUGGAAUUUGUUUGCCUUACGUUUAUGAAUGCAAAAACAUACUUACUACAUUAUCAAUACAAAUAAUGAAUUUAUUGAUUGAUGAUUAUUCAUAGAAUAGUAUAAUACGUGGGUACGUUUGAAAAUGUGAGUAAUAAGCUUAAAAACGGUGGAAACUUAAAUGUUUUUAUCUAUUUUUCCAGUAAAAAAUCAUAAAUUGAAAAAUACAAGU